CAAAAAGAACAAUGGAUUCCCGCGAUUUAUUUAUGCCAAAGUACAUGGUGUACUGUGGCGUACUUGCUGCCAUUGGCGCCUUCUCAAAUGGUUGGACAAUUGGAUCAACAAAUGUACCAGGACAAGUAACGCAUGCUUGUCCUACUGGUGCUUCUCAUACUUAUAGCCCUUCCUUCCCUGAUUGUUUGCCCAUGAGCACAUCACUAUGGGGUUUUGCCGUAUCAUCAUUUUGUUUGGGUGGUCUCUUUGGCAGUUUAGUAGGAGGUGCUAUUCAAACAAGAUUGGGACGUAGAAUGACCAUUAUUGUAAAUAAUAUUGGCUUCAUCACUGGUGGUAUUCUCAUCGGAUGUUCUGUACAUACAGCAAUGUUUAUCAUCGGUCGUAUUCUUUGUGGUAUAUCCUGUGGUUUGGGUUCUCUUGUCAUUCCAACAUACCUUGGUGAAAUUUCUACUGUUAAAGGUAGAGGUUUGAUGGGCUCAUUGAAUCAAUUCUUUGUCGUCACUGGUAUCUUGUUAUCUUCGAUCAUUGGUUUACCUACUGCUAACGUUCCUUUCUGGAGACUCAAUUACGCUAUUGUUGCUAUACCUGCCAUUUUCCAAAUCUUUGCUAUGUUUACCUGUGUCGAAUCACCACGUUACCUUAUUUCAAUCGGUCGUGUAGAAGAUGCUUUGAUUGCACUUCAGAAACUUCGUGGUACGGCGGACGUUACCGAAGAAUUCUUUGAUAUUGUUGCUGGUCAACUCGGUAAAAAGAAAGCUGCUCGUAUCCUCAAGGAAAACUCUCAUGAAAAGAACAACCUCAAGAAUAUCAACAUGGACGAAGGUUUUGAUAACAAUGACUCUGCUGACGAUAGCGGACAAAAGAUUCCCAAAGAUGUUGAAGCCGAUGAUGAUGACGAAAGACGCCCACCUAUGAGUUUGAUCGAAAUUUUCAAAGACCCUGUCAUUCGCAAGAUUCUUGGUAUCGUCUUGUUCCACCAUAUGUAUCAACAAUUAUCUGGUAUGAACGCUGUCAUGUAUUAUUCUACUUCUAUCUUUGAAUCUGCUGUUGACCAUCAAAAUGCUCAAUACUUUGCUAUCUAUACUACUCUUGUUAACUUUGGUAUGUCCAUUGUUGCUAUGUUCUUCGUUGACCGAUCUGGCCGUCGUAUGCUGUUGCUACUCGCUGAAUUUGGUACUUUCCUCUUCUCUGUCCUUCUCGUUGUCGGUUACAGAUACAGCAUUCCUAACUUGCUUGUUGCCUCUGUCUUUUGUUAUGUCGCCAGUUUCGCCAUCGGUAUCGGUCCUGUUCCCUGGAUGAUUACUUCUGAAUUGACUCCUAUCUAUGCUUCUUCCGCUGUUGGUUCUGUUUGCACAGCUAUGAACUGGGCCAUGAACUUCUUGAUUGGUCAAGUAUUCCCUGUUAUUUUUGCUGCUAUCGCUGGUUGGUCCUUCUUGAUUUUUGCCAUCAUUUGUGCUAUUGCAUUCCUCUUUACCUUCUUCUGUUUGCCGGAGACCAAAGGAAGAUCAAUUGAAGAAAUUGUUUCAAGCUUCCAUCGCCACUAAAGUGAUCAUUGAUUGUGCGUGUGUAUAUUUGCAUUUCGUCAAUUAUUUUGUAUUUUUUUAUCUUGUAAAUAGUUUCUUACAGUUUAUAAAUUGUUCACAAUACAGCAAUAAUAGACUCUUUAAUAAAAUUUGUCUUUACGGACAACGUAUAAAGGACAAGAUGCUGUACCAAGCACGUGCUGAAUGUACAGUGGUUACUGACAAUAGAUCUCAAUGAUAGUGUCUCGGUUGGGAUUGUAAUAGUGAAAUAGAGUGGCCAACUUUUUUUUUAUAAACUACUGUUGGUUGACACUUCAAU